ACGUCAAAGCCGUAAUAAAACACCCACCCGUGGCACCUACAAGUUAAUGUGAGUGACGAGCGAGCAGCUGCUGAGAGAAAUAUACGUUGUGCUGAACAGCGAAACACUACAAAAAAGUUUAUUUUUCCUUAACAACAAAAAGGACAGUUCACAAAAGUGACCUCCGAUUUCUUCGGGGUUUCCAGUUUCUCCAAACGCAAGAAGAGAGCUGCAAUGGAUGUGAGCGCUGAAGCCAAGCGGAUCAUCGCUCUGUCCCUCACUAAGCUCUAUGGUUUACGCUCCCAGCGCGGCGGGUUCGGGCUCCAGCGGAGCCUGCUGCUGUCGCUGGUAAUGAAGUCCGCCCGGAACAUUUACCACAAUUCUCGUGUGAUCAUCGAAAGCCAAGAGUCCGGUCCCCGGUGUGUAGAGGAACUGACGGAGGAACCCAAAGCCGAGACCCCUGCGGCUCCGUGCCCCCCUGCGGAGGGCGAGUGGAAGCCUCGGCUCUCCAGAUGCGAGAAAAGCAAAGAGAACAAGGAGAACCAGGGACCGUCCCGACUGGACCGUCAGUCGCGGAAGCGCAGAAGCAAAACGGCCGGCGAGCCAGACUUCCUGCCCAGCAAAAGGGCUAGGAUGGAGACUGGGGAGGAGGGCAAGACCGUGUCAUUUAUGAGCGGCGGCGUGAACUGGUGUCGAGCUGGAUUGACUUCCGUGCCCCUGUCCCAUGCCAUUGCGGCUUUCUGAUGUGGGACCUCCUGAGCGGAUCGAGUCAUUCUAAAAGCUCCCCAGAGCCCAGCCGCAGCGCAGACGGCGAAGGAUGAAGGGCAGAUCGCCGACCCCCGCACCCUCCGUGAAGUCGGAGAGGACGGUGAAGAAACAUGCCCGAAGUGGAGCAAAAGGGAGAGUCACUGGCAGGGCAGGGGAAUCCUGACCGUGCAGUCAGGGCGCUGAGUCAUAGUUUCAUCCGAUGAGUCAGACUCACCUGGUCGCAGCUGCUUGCGCUCAAAACUCCAGCAAAACUACCAUAACGGGAAAUGCAAGACGGCAGCUAAUAUUCCGUAAAGCCGCGGACCCCGGAAGGAAGCACAGUUAUGUUGGGGAUCAAACAACGUUGUUUUUUCCAGCUGUUUAAAUGUGAAUCUUAAUGAUAAACCCUGUGCCGUAUUUGUCCAUGUACAGGUGUAUGCAUCUGCACUAAUGCAGACGUAGGCCUAUACAUUCUUUAUUAAGUGGCGAAAAUUGUUUAAUUUAAAUUCCAUUUUAAGCCCCGGGCCUGCUUUUGUAAUUCAAUGUCUUGGGUAACUUGGUAAAUGAAAUUGAAAUGUUUUAUGAAUUGUUAAUUUUAUCAUUGUUUCAAUUGUCAUUUACGUCUGCAUCGCUAAAAAUGCGUUUGAAAAUAUGUAGGCCGCGUUAUAACCGGUCUACACUUAGAGAAUAGCGUGAUAAAAUGCAUCCAGUAAGGGCCAGUUAUAUAGCUGAAAAAUACCCUGAAAAUGAGGGAGAUUCGACGGAAACAGUCCGACUUGUUAAGGUAAAAGGACGGAAUGGAAAAAUAGCAUCCCAAGAUGCACAUAAGCGGUGUACAUCUGCAAACUGAUAAAUCUCCCCGUAUUUAUUGUCACACACACUCACACGCAUAUAUAUAUAUAUCAUUGCCUGUUCUAGCCCUGGUUUAAUCAUCUGGUGAGCACAAAAUACACUGGGAUUUGUUUUGUACUAGGACGAGACCAUGCAAAUUGUGUAACGAUUUAUGUUCUUAAUUAUCAUAUUUUUGGUUAUCCCUGCAAUACCUGACAGAACAAGUGUAGCUGUUUAUGUGAAUUGUGGCCUCGUUAUUAGGCAAAGAACACCGAAAUUUACAUUAGUAGUGCGCAGUCCUAGUAUGCCGGUGUAUCACACCCCUGCGUUUACAUUUUAAUAGUGACGGUAUUUUGCGAUUACAUAAAGGCUGGAAUAUUACGAUACACACAACAGUCGACAUGUGAAAAAAUGACCUCAUUUUUACAAAUAAUACUGAGUAUUAUUUUUCAAUCAAUUUUAAUUUCUCAAUGUCUCCCAAACGAUUCACAAAGGUCCGUAUCCAUGUGUUACUGAAGGGCUAAAUGCCGUCCUUGCGGUACACGAUUGUGUAGAAAAUAUAUAAACAAUAUUCUACAGUGGGAUUGUCACGCCCGGCUCGUCCGGAUCUCCGCCUUCCUGCCUCGCCUCUCCCCGCGAUCGUGACAGUGAUAAUCCAUCCUGACACAUUUUAAGUGUAGUCCAGCUUGCAGUACUUGUACCUGCUGCUUUGGAAUUAAGAGACGCAUGAAUAUCCACUCCUUUAAAGACAUUAAAAGCUUAAAUAUUUUCGAGUACUAUAUCAUGUAGUAUUUCUUCAAUGGAAAUUGAACGGAAUUCUAAUAAACCAUUUCGAAAUUA